AUGAACCUACGGCUGACUCUGCCAAGGACAGUCGACGACACGGCUGGAUCUUACCUAUAUGGUUGGCGGACCCAAUCGAACACCUCUCAGCUCUAUGUAAGGGGAGGAGGGUGGGACUUCGGUCGCGACAUUUUCGUCCCACCAUAUACUCGACCAUCACAACGAAACGUAUUCCUACGAGCCACCGCACUCUCGGUCGUCCGCAGCUUCGUUCUUCUGGACUUCUACUACUCCUGCAUCAGGCUCAUCCCUGGCGCGGGCACCCUCACAGGUGGUACGAUCUUCCCGGAGCACCUCUCGCCGCUCCAGCGCUACGCUGUCUCCACCGGCGUGCAUUUCGCGAUGGGCAUGCUGAUCAUGUACGGUGUCGGCCUCGUCCACGACUUUAACACUAUGCUCGCGGUAGGCCUCCUUGGUCACCCGCCGUCGGCGUGGCCGCCGGUGCACGACAGCCCAUGGAAGGCGCGCUCGUUGCACGAGUUCUGGGCGAAGCGCUGGCACCAGGGCCUCAGGCGUGUGUUUGUGGUGACCGGUGGCUCUGUGGGUACAUGGAUUGCGGGAAAUGCUGGGAUGGUGAUCGGUACCUUCCUUGUGUCGGGAUUGUUCCAUGAGCUCUCGAUGUACUCCUUUGGGAGGGGGUUGGAUCACUGCACGACGCUCUGGUUCACCCUGCAGGGUUUUGGUAUCGUGCUAGAAAAAGUGUGGAAGAUGCUCACUAGCCGGAAGGUUGGCGGGGUGUGGGGACGGCUAUGUACGGUGCUGUUUGUGAUCGUGUUCGGGCAGAUGUUCAGGAGUGACGAGUGA